AUGCCUUUGUGUCCACGUUGUGAGAAACCCGUCUAUUUCGGUGAGUUUUUUUGAUAAUUUUAUCUUACACUGGGCCUUUAAUAUUGUGGAACUGGGACGAUUGGGGAAAAGUACGAUUGGGAAACCGAAAAUUAUUAUUUUUGUUCGAUGCAAGUGUGAAAUUAGGAUAAUCGAGGGUGGUGAUCUCGAAAAUUACAUUAAUUUUUUUUUGAACUGUACUUUUUUCUUAUGUAAUACUGUAAAGUAGUAAUUGUUUUAAUUUUUUUCAUGAAUACUUGGUUUAGGGGUUUUUGAUGGUGCUGCUGUCAAAUCAGCAAAAAUGAAUAAGAUUUUCGCAUUCAGCACCAUCCAAAACCCCUAAAUCGAGUAUUUAUGAAAAAAAUUCAAAAAAUUACUACUUUACAGUACUACUUUUAAGUAGUACCUUAAAAGGAAAAAAGUGAAGAUUCAAAAAAAAUGAAUGUCAUUGUCGAAAUCAGCGCCCUCGAUUAUCCUAAUUUCACACUUGCAUCGAAGAAAAAAAAAUUAUUUUCGGUUUCCCCAAUCGUCUUUUUCCCCAAUCGUCCAACUCCGGAGCUCCGGAUAUUGUUUUAGGUCGAAAUUAUUGAUCUGAAGAAUAUUAUGAAUUUUGACAAUUUAUAAAAACUUUGAGGCCGAAAGUGUAUAUUCCAUCAAAAAAAUCUCAUUUUGAAACGACCUUAUAUCGUCUUUUAUCUUAUUUUAGCGGAGAGAGUGUCCUCAAUUGGCAAAGAUUGGCACCGUCCCUGUCUCCGAUGCUGCAACGAUGAAUGCAAGAAGACUUUAGCUGCGGGAAGUCAUUCUGAGGUAAGGAACAAUUGGGUUUGGCCCUAUUUUAUUCUUCCAUUUUGCAGCAUGAAGGCAAACCCUACUGCAAUCGCUGCUAUGGAGCUCUUUUCGGGCCCCGCGGAUAUGGCCAUGGUGGAGUGGAGUCCCAUGUUUUCCUCAACGGAACCACUGGGCAAGUCUAG